AUGGACAUUGAAGCAAGAAACCGAUAUUGCGGCCUCUUGAUGUUCCCCGUCAAAGGACCUGGAUCAAAAGGCAACGACUUCAUAAUGAAUCAUUAUGAUGUUAACUCCUUUUCCGAUCAACCGGAGCCCUACUACAAGUCUCAGAGUGACUCACAGGAGACUUCCAUAGCUGCUGGAGCUGCCGCAGCCGGGGGCGAAGAGAACGGAAAAUCGUCGGGAUGCCAGAAGGGGCAGCAAACUGAGAAGCGUCCCCCGCGCCCCCCCAAUGCCUUCAUCUUGUACAGAAGGGAGAAACAACCGGCUAUUCUGGCCACCAACCGUCACCUCACGAACGCACAGAUAUCCCGAUACAUCGCCGACCUAUGGAAGAGCGAGUCAAACGAAACUCGCUUGGUAUGGGAGAGGCUCGCCGAUCAAACAAAAUUGGAACACAUGAAGGCCUACCCAAACUACGUCUACCGUCCAAACAAAAACAAGGGAAAGAAGAGGCCAGGGCGAAAGCAACCCGCCGCUUCCAACGACACCUCCAAGAGCCCGGUGAUGAAUCCUCAAGAAGAUUCAGUGGGUCCAGUUAGACCGUCGACCCGAGGGCAAAAUCGAUUAACCAUGGUUCCGAGGAGAAUUGAUUUGGAAAGUCAGACGACCGCCACGGAAUUUCAAUCAAUGGUUCCCGCCGUAACCACGACUCCGCCCUUGGAACCGGCAAACGAAAUUCCCCUCCUGAACCUGGAUUUCACAGAUGUUCCCACCACGGAACUGCUCACACCAAUCACCCCUCAACAACAACAGCAUUUCGAGAUAGGAUGGAAGGUGGUACCCACGCAGCCUGAACCUGAAACGAUUAAUCACCGAGAAAAUAUUUUGUUUCAACCAUUCACAUUUCACGAACCAACCAUCGAUCCCUCAAUUCUAUUCCUUAAUGAACAUGAUACCACCACAUCCAUCUACGACAAUCCAUCCGCCUAUUCACAAAACACCAUCGACGCCUCAUCCCUAAAGACCACCAGUGACUCUAGCUCCAGUGCUGGAUUUUCGGAAUUCCGGGACUCUUCGGUAAAUAACCCGGCGAUUGCCGAUAUCUUCGCAUUUGGAUAUUUUGGUGGCUCUGCAAAUCAUUUCAGCAACUCAAACUAUUAA